AGUCUCUCUGUUCUUUCUAACAUUUUACAUGAGCUUACUCCUCCUUACUCCACCCUCUAUUGGCUGAAUAAGGCUUUCAGUUCUGAAUCCUGAUACACUGUGUCCUAGUCUCUAGGCUGGGCUUUACUAAGGUGCUGGAGUGGUGAACUGGUGCUGCUGGUUCCUCAUGCUACGUGUGUUUAUCCUGUGUGCCCAGAAUGUGCUGACGCACGAUGAGGACAUUACAGAUGCCUACUGCUGCGUCACAUAUGAAGGGUCGAAGAAGAAGACCAAAGUCGUGAAAAACAAUGUCAACCCUGUGUGGAAUGAGGGAUUUGAAUGGGACCUAAAAGGAGUGCCCUUAGACUCAGCAGCCGAGCUGCAUGUGGUUGUCAAGGACCAUGAAAAAAUGGGAAGGAACAGGUUUCUGGGGGAAUGUCGAGUUUCUUUAAGAGAUGUUAUCAACUCCCCAAACCUAGCAGCAACCUUCACUGUGUCCUUAGUUGACACCAAGAGAAACAACACUGGGGCUACAGUGACUCUGCAGGUUUCCUACAUCCCUCCUCCAGGCAUGGCCCCUUUUUUUCAGCCUCCACCACAGCCAGAGGCUACCAUACACACUCCUGUAGAACUGGACACUGUCACAGUGUUCUCGUUGGACACUAUGGAAGAAGAGGACACAGAGAGUAUGGUGAUGAUAGAGGCUGAAGAAGAGCCUGAACCUGUUCCAGGACCUCAGGGCCAGGACAUCGGGGCUCCUAUAUCACCUCCAAAGAAAGCACCUCCUGCCUUCACCCAUGGCAUCAAGAAAAAGAAACAGCAGAGCAACAAAGCUCCUCUCUCCAACAAACCCCAGGACCUCCAGGUGCGGGUACGAAUCAUCGAAGGAAGACAGCUGCCUGGAGUCAAUAUUAAACCUGUUGUCAAAAUAUCUGUAGCAGGACAGACAAAAAGAACACGCAUUAAAAAAGGCAACAAUCCAUUUUUUGAUGAGACUUUCUUCCUGAACUUCUUUGAGAGCCCAGCUGAUCUUUUUGAUGAGCCUAUAUUCAUAACAGUCUUUGACUCCAAGUCUUUACGCACAGACUCUGUCAUUGGAGAAUUUAAGAUGGAUGUUGGCAUGGUGUAUAAUGAACACAGACAUGCUAUUCUUAGAAGGUGGCUGUUGUUGGCUGAUCCCGAUGACCUUUCAGCUGGAGCCAGAGGCUAUCUUAAGGUCAGCCUGAUUGUCCUGGCUGCAGGUGAUGAGGCACCAAUGGAAAAAGAUGGUGUUUAUGAGAGGGAGGAUAUUGAAGCAAACCUGUUGAGACCAGCAGGCCUCACACUCAGGGGUGCCACCUUCACUCUUAAAGUGUACAGAGCAGAGGAUCUUCCUCAGAUGGAUGAUGCUUUUAUGGAUGGAAUAAAAGGCUUUUUGGGUUUUGACUCCAACCGAAAAAAUCUGGUGGAUCCAUUAGUGGAAAUCAACUUUGCUGGAAAAACGAUGUGCAGCAGGAUACUUGAGAAAAAUGCCAAUCCACAGUGGAACCAAAGCCUUGCACUCCCUAUCAGAUUUCCAUCUAUGUGUGAGAAAAUGAGGAUACGCAUUUUAGAUUGGGAUCGAGCAAGCCACAAUGAUGUCAUUGGCACCACACACCUGUGUAUGUCCAAGAUCUCUGCCCCAGGAGGAGAAAUAGAAGAUGAGUUGACUUCCAGGACCUUCCAAACGACCAUUGAUGACAGCCUGGGCUUCCUGCCAACAUUUGGUCCAUGUUAUGUUAACAUGUAUGGAAGUCCUAGAGAAUUCACAACCUUCUCUGACCCCCAUGAGGUUCUGAACCUUGGCAAGGGUGAGGGUGUAGCAUAUCGUGGCCGUUUGCUCUUGGAGCUUACCACUAAGCUGUGUGAAAAAGUGGAGCAGAAAAUUGAAGACAUCUACCCAGAUGACCUGUUAGUGGUAGAGAAAUUCAUGCGAAAGAGAAAGUAUUCGCUGUUUGCUGCUUUUUACUCUGCCACCCUCCUUCAGGAUGUGGAUGAUGCCAUCCAGUUUGAGGUCAGCAUCGGAAACUAUGGCAACAAGUUUGACUACUCUUGUCUGCCCCUUGCCUCUACCACACAGUACAGCUGUGCUGUUUUUGAUGGUUGUCAAUACUAUUACCUGCCUUGGGGGAAUGUAAAGCCUGUGGUGGUGCUUUCGUCAGAGUGGGAGGACAUCAGCCCCCGUAUAGAGGCCCUUAACAUGCUGGUCAGCAUCAAGGAGCGCCUAGACACAAACCUGAAACGGGUGCAGCAGUCACUCCAAGCAGGAGGUGACCAAGAUGAGCUGGAGGAAAGGGUGGUACAGCUGCUUGACGAUAUAAUUGCAGACUGCAGUGAAGACCUGCCUGAGCUGGAUAGCUGGUUGUGUGCAACUUCACUAGAUAAAUCCUUGCGACGUUUGCGUAAGGUAAACUUAAAGCAGAUUGAGCAGGCUGCCCUGUCGCUUAAACAUGGCCCAGAGACAGAGCUGAGCACAGUGAUGGAACAGGCUGAGGACUGGGCCAUGAGACUGCAGUCACUCGCUGAGGAGCCCCAAAAUUGCCUGCCAGACAUUGUAAUCUGGAUGCUUCAGGGAGACAAACGAGUGGCUUACCACAGAAUUCCAGCCCAUGAGAUUCUCUUCUCUCAGGGCUACUGUGGCAAACACUGUGGUCAGCUUCAGACCAUCUUAAUGAAGUGUCCUCAGGGUGGCAGAAACGACUCCAAAAUCCCAGCACAGCUUAGAGUUAAAGUAUGGUUCGGUCUGACUGCAGAUGUCAAGCACUUCAACCAGUUUUCAGAGGGCAAACUCUCAGUUUUUGCAGAAACAUAUGAAAACCAAACUAAACUUGCACUGGUGGGAAACUGGGGCACAACUGGACUAAGCUACCCCAAGUUCAGUGACAUCACUGGUAGAGUAAAAUUGCCCAAAGACAGCUUUAAACCAUCUCCAGGCUGGACCUGGGCUGGUGACUGGUAUAUCAACCCAGAGAAAACCCUGCUGUACGAUGCGGAUGCUGGCCAUAUGACUUUCAUGGAGGAAGUGUUUGAAAAUCAGAUGCGGCUGCCGGGUGGACAAUGGAUUGGUAUGCCAGAAGGCUACACAGAUGUGAAUGGAGAAAAAGCAGUGCCUAAGGAUGAUAUCGAGUGUCCUCCAGGAUGGGUUUGGAAAGAUGAGGAAUGGAGUAAAGAUCUUAAACGGGCUGUGGACGAUCAAGGGUGGGAGUAUGGCAUUACCAUCCCUCCUGACCGUCGGCCCAAGUCUUGGGUGCCAUCUGAGAAAAUGUACCACACCAAUUGCAGGCGUCGCUGGAUCCGCCUUCGCCGGAGAGACCUGCAGAAAAUGGAGGCUCUAAGAAAGCAGCGUCCAGAUGAGUCUGAGAGGGAGGGUUGGGAGUAUGCCUCUCUGUUCGGAUGGAAGUUCCACCUUAAGCAGAAGAAGACCGAUUCAUUCAGGCGUCGACGUUGGCGUUGCCGCAUGGAGCCUCUGGAAAAGACUGGACCUGCUGCCAUCUUUGCCCUGGAGUGCUCACUGAGCAGCAUUCCUGAUGACAAAAAUGAUGACAAGUCAGUAACAACAAGCUUUGGUGUUAAUCGUCCUACUAUCUCCUGCUUCUUUGAUAGUGGGACACGCUACCAUUUGCGCUGCUAUCUGUACCAGGCUAGAGACUUGCUGGCUAUGGAUAAAGACAGUUUCUCAGAUCCCUAUGCUAUUGUAUCUAUCCUGCACCAGAGCCAAAAGACGGUGACAGUAAGGAACACUCUUAAUCCUACCUGGGAUCAAACUCUAAUCUUCUUUGAAAUCGAAAUAUUUGGAGAUCCCAAAGUGACAGAGAAGAACCCUCCGAACAUUGUGGUGGAGCUGUAUGAUCAGGACACUUAUGGAGCAGAUGAGUUUAUGGGGCGCAGCAUAUGCCAGCCCUCCGUGAUCUCCUCUCCUCGCCUCGCCUGGUACCCCAUCCUGAAAAAUGGAAAACCAGCUGGUGAACUACUUGCUGCCUUUGAGCUAAUCCACAGAGAUAAGCCUGUGGUACAUCACAUGCCUGGCGAAGAGGGAGACACACUCCCACAUUCUCACAUCAUGGAUGAGCUUGUAUUUCCAGUGCUCGUCUCUGAGAGUCUGCAGCAAUGGCCAGAGGACUUGCCAUACCCUCCUCCCCAGAGGGAACCAAAUGUCUACGUAGUGCCACAGGGAAUCAAACCUGUCCUCCAGCGCACUGCUAUCGAGAUACUGGCAUGGGGUGUGCGCAACCUGAAGAGCUUCCAGAUGGCCAGUGUGACGUCUCCCAGCUUGCAGGUGGAGUGCGGUGGUUGUAUGGUGCAAUCCUGCGUCAUUCGCAACACCAAGAAGAAUCCCAACUUUGAUAUCAACACUCUUUUUAUCGAUGUGAGACUGCCCAGGGAGGAGCUCUACAUGCCACCAUUAGUGAUCAAGGUAAUUGACAACCGGCAGUUUGGCAGGAAGCCAGUGGUGGGCCAGUGUACCAUCCAAUCCCUGGAGGAGUACCGCUGCCAGCCUGAGGAACCAGAGGAGGAGCCAGUGAAUGAAGAACUUGAACGCAUUCCUCACACACCAAGAGAUGAUGUUCUGAUUGACAUAGAUGACAAGGAACCUCUCAUUUCUGGGCAGGAGGAGGAAUUCAUGGAUUGGUGGAGCAAGUUCUACGCAUCAACGGGUGAAACUAAAAAGUGUGGGACCUACAUGGACAAAGGCUUGGACACUCUACAGGUUUUUGACACUGAGCUAGAAAAAGUUGAGGGCUUUCAGCGGCUAGCAGAUUUCUGUCAGACAUUCAAGCUUUACCGUGGACGCACUCAGGAGAAUGAGAGUGAAGAUCCCUCCAUUGUUGGAGAGUUCAAGGGUAUGUUCAAGAUCUACACAUUACCAGAUGACCCAUCUGCACCUUCCCCACCUCGCCAGUUUAGCCAGCUUCCCCCUAACGGCACUGAGGAAUGCCUGAUACGGGUCUAUAUUAUUCAGGCUUAUGGCCUGCAGCCCAAGGACACCAAUGGCAAGUGUGACCCAUACGUCAAGAUCACACUAGGAAAGAAAUCCAUAAAUGACCAUGAUAACUACAUACCCUGCACCUUGGACCCUGUGUUUGGAAAGGUGUAUGAGCUGAAAUGUUCUCUACCGCUGGAGAAAGACCUCAAGAUCAUGCUGUAUGACUAUGACAUGCUCUCUAAAGAUGAGAAGAUUGGUGAGACUGUCAUCGACCUAGAAAAUCGCUUUCUGUCACGCUUUGGAGGCCGGUGUGGCCUUCCCCAGUCCUACUGUGUGUCUGGAGUAAACCAGUGGAGAGACCAGUUAAAACCAACACAGCUGCUCCAUCGGCUUUGUCAAAGCAGAAACUACAAGCUACCAGUUUACAAGCAUGACAGACUGUUCUUCAGGGGCCAUGAGUACACCGCUGCAGACCUGGAUGAGGCAAAGCCGGCCAACCCUCAACUUGGCCCGCUGGAGGAGCGGCUGGCUCUGCUGGUGCUGAGAAGGCAAGGCCUCGUGCCCGAACACGUGGAGACUAGGCCUUUGUACAGCCCCCUGCAGCCUGACAUAGAGCAGGGAAGAUUACAAAUGUGGGUGGACAUUUUCCCGAAAUCUCUGGGCCUACCAGGAUCGCCUUUCAAUAUCACUCCACGCAAAGCAAAGAAGUUCUUUUUGCGCUGUAUUAUAUGGAACACCAGUGAUGUAAUACUGGAUGAUGUCAGUGUUACUGGUGAGCGGAUGAGUGACAUUUAUGUAAAAGGCUGGAUGCACGGACACGAGGGGAACAAGCAGAAGACAGAUGUGCACUAUCGCUCGCUAGGCGGCGAGGGUAACUUUAACUGGAGGUUCCUCUUUCCCUUCCAUUACUUACCUGCUGAACAGCUCUGUACCAUUGAUAAAAAGGAGCACUUCUGGAGUUUGGAUAAAGCUGAGACCAAGAUUCCUCCUAAACUCACCAUUCAGAUUUGGGACAACGACAAGUUCUCUUUUGACGAUUACCUUGGUUGUUUGGAAAUGGAUUUGAACCGCAUGCUCAGGCCAUCGAAGUCACCUGAGAAAUGUGGUCUAGAACUGCUCACUCAGCCCCCAGACAAACUAGUUUCUCUGUUUGAGCAGAAGACUGUUAGGGGCUGGUGGCCGUGUGUCUUUGUCAGACAGGGAGAGAAGACCAUAGCAGGGAAGGUCGAGAUUACUCUGGAGAUAGUUUCAGAGCAGGAACAAGAUGAGAGGCCUGCAGGUCUGGGAAGAGAUGAGCCCAAUAUGAACCCUCGUUUGGAAGAGCCACAACGUCCUGAGACGUCCUUCCUGUGGUUCUCAUCUCCUUUUAAGACACUAAGGUUUAUAGUGUGGAGAAGGUUUAAAUGGCUCAUCUUGGCUCUGAUUCUUCUCUUCUUCAUCCUGCUGUUCUUUGGAGUCUUCCUCUACUCUUUCCCGAAUUACAUGGCUAUGAAGAUUGUGGGGCCCAAAAGUUAAAUGGAAGAAAAUCCAAGAAGGGUAACUGACAACACUGUAAAUGUAGGGCUGUGGGAAAUGUGCUGACCUUAAAAUACAUGAACAAAAUUCAUAUCAGUAUCAAUAAACGAUUCAUAUCAGUAUUCAUACUGCUGCUUUUCUACUGUGGGAUAAUCAAGCCAUCCUGCCUAAAAUAUAAUAUAUCCAUGAAAAUACAGAAAUCCUUACCCUGCUCAUAUUUAUAGCAUCCUCAGCUGUGACUUUCAAGCUAAAAAGCAAACUGGAAGUGUGUAAAAUCUUGUUACACUGUGUGAAGUGUUUAAAAUGAUAUAUUGUACGUAUGUGCCUUUGUCCAACCCAUCCAUGCAUGUAGAAAUGUAUUGUGACGUGUGCCGACAUGUGCUCAUGUUUAUGCAUGCUCACUCUAAGCUCCCUGGCCCUUGUGAACUGGCGUUGAACUCGCUCUGAAUUCCCUUUGACUCUGGCGUAUACUUUUAUCUCUUUUCUUGAUUUAAACCCUUUUUCAUGCUGUCUGUAAAAGUCUGGCCUUUUCACAGCUAGCCACAGAUUUCUUCCGCCUUCACACAGAGAGAAAGAAGCGGUGCUGCCUUUUCCCUCCCCCCGUGCCUUUAUCUGUGCUCUGACUGUUUACUUUUAAGAUGCACUGUGGCUUAGAUUUAAAGCCUGAAUUUGUCCUGCUAGUUUGUAAUGUCUGAGAUGACCUGCUUGUUAGCCAAGCUCCCACUGUCAUCAGCACUAUAUCUGUGAUGACUUUCAAAGCCUGGUGUUUUCUCCACAGCACUGCUUUAGUAAAUAGGUCUUAUGUUUAAUAUAAGGUAGGUGUUUGCCAGGGUGUGGUUGAGCGUUUGUGAAUAUGUGUGUAGUAACUGGAGGUGGGAUGUGCGAGACUCUGAAUUAAUACAUUAAAUUGCAUUGCAAUUGCACACUGAACAUAUACUGUCCUUCACUGAUAUGUCUCUGUUUUCAUCAAAUAAUUGAGCUUUUUUCCCUUUUAUCUGGAUAUGUUUUUACACUAAUGAUAUCUGACUUAUAGUAAAUGCACUUAAUAAAUUAAAUAUCAGCUACAAA